CAUGCAAUGACAGAUGACGAGGAAGUUGUUUUUCAGGGCUCUUUUCUCGACAAUCAUUUGAAAGGCGUCGGGCUGGACGAUUAUUUUACGGCUAGCCGAGAUAACAAACAGGUUGAAAUUGUAGCAGAUGGAAGCCUAAAGGCUUGUAGAUCUAAAGAGAGUGGAGAAACACAGAGUUGGAGAUGGAGAUGGCUGAUAAAAAGAUACAAAUGGUUCACUGAUUAUUGCACUAUUUCUAAGAUUGAUGUCAAUGAGAUGAUAUGGAAUAUGACAAAUGUAGUUUUGACGUCUGAUAUUUUGGAUGCUGAUGACUCUCAUUUUUUGCACUCUGUGGAUCCACAAUGUUUCAACAGACCAGCAAGAUGCCAGAACACCAUGGAUAUCACCAUUGUCAACGUUGUUGCCACAUGUGGUCUUAUAUCUGCUUUCUCUUUUCAACUGAUUCUGGCAUCUUCGGAUAUCUCUGUUGCAUUGCAUGUUGCAUUGCUAGUGAUCAUCAUGCUAUUGGGAUUGGUAACGGUUUCUCUACUUACAUUGGAGUUCUACUUAUUGACGAUAUGUGACCAUUGGCAGCACCAUGUCACACGUGUUCAAGAGCUACUCAACACUGUUGGUAUUUGUUUUAAUAUUUUUGGAAGGUCAAUCAAGUUAAUUAAGGAGCAGGAGCUGAUUGCAAAUGGAUUUUUAAGUAAUGAAGAUCAGUUUGAGACAUCUGGCGUGAGAGACAUUCGUGGAUGCCCUGCACUUCGAGUUACAAUGGCAAACGAAGGUACAUCAUUCUUGAUUGGUUUGAGGAAGGCAACCUGUCAAUUGGUGCAGAGAGUUCCUGUCAAUGCUUAUAUUGAUGAUUCAAGUCAUUAUAUAGCGUUUGUAGAGUUGGAGAGUCUUUCAAUUAGUGAACAACCAUCACACUUGCCUAAGUCAUUAGCUCAACUGAAAAUGUUACUUCAGUUGAUCAGAAGUCAAACGUCCGAGUACUUUCGACGUUUAAUACUGAGUUUCACAAAGUCUACAAUUUCUUCACUACCAAAAUUGAAGAGAACAAGUGAGCAGUUGAAGUCAUCACUAACAAGUCUCCAGCAGCUGUCUUCUCAUUGGAAACUUACAAACAACGAAGCGUUAGAAUUACAGAAGAGGCUUUUGAUCGAAGACUGCCACACAGCUGUUAUUUCGAAGAUGCUGAAAACUCAUGAUGAUCAGACAUCUAGACAAACGUCUCUUCUUUAUGCAGCAAACAAUAUGGAAGUCCAUCUUCAGGCGGCCCUUGUUAGAGUGCGUGAGCUGGUCAAGCAUAUAGAGAGUGAUGAGUACAACAGUAGUCCCAGUGCUGUAGAAGCAAUUGGUGAAUGGUUAGAGUCUGAUGUAUCGGCGUGUAAGAGUUCGUGUUGUUUACUGCUUAGCAAAUUGCACUCUUUGCUUCAUCCUGAACUGGAAGAUACAAAUAGCACUGACAACAGUAAUGCAGCAGACAGUGAAGAAGGACAAGACGAUGUGCAUGUGGCUUGUGGCAAGAAUGUGAAGGAUAAGCUGCUGGACUCAGAUGAAGAUGAAGAUGAGGUGUAUGAGGCGUAUGUCCCUCCAGAAGACAGUGAUGACAAGCAAUCUAGUUUUAGGUCGUCCAAACUGGAUCAACAGUUAUCUGAGAUUCCAUAUGACACCCAAGAUCCACUGAAGAUGAUAAUCGAAUUGAAGAGCGUGCUUGCUGCAAAAGCAGCUUCAAAGUUGAAAUCAGAACCAGUCAAAGACCCAGUAGAGCCACUGGGUCAUGUAGUUAGGAAUGCUGACUAUUCGAUGAGGUACAGUGAAUCUUCGAACGGCAAAAUUGACAGCGAAGCGUCAAGAAAUCACGUUCGCUUUGGAAUUGACAUGAGUAGUCUUAGUGUGGCGAUUGCUGCUGUGAGAAAGAGAAACACGGCAAAAAUGGAUGAACUGGAAGCAAGUGGAGAGGCAGACUCUGAUACAGAUUUUAAAUCAACUGUAAACUGAAUUACCUCUAGAGUAGGUAUAAAAAUGUGCACAAGAGAUACAGUACAUUUCUACUGAUAAGUGCCCAGAGUACACGUAAUA